GCGGGAGGGCGGCGGCGCGGCGGCGGCCGCCCUGGUGCCAAGAUGGCGUCGUUGCUGCAGUCGGAGCGGGUGCUGUACCUGGUACGCGGCGAGAAGGAACUGCGGGCGCCGCUGUCGCAGCUGUACUUCUGCCGAUACUGCAGCGAGCUGCGCUCCCUCGAGUGCGUCUCGCACGAGGUGGACUCUCACUACUGCCCCAGCUGCCUGGAAAACAUGCCUUCAGCUGAAGCCAAGCUGAAAAAGAAUAGGUGUGCCAACUGCUUUGACUGCCCCUGCUGCAUGCACACCCUUUCCACCCGGGCCACGAGCAUUCCCGCUCCGCUCCCUGAUGAUCCGGCCAAGACCACCAUGAAGAAAGCUUAUUACCUGGCCUGUGGGUUCUGCCGCUGGACGUCCCGGGAUGUGGGCAUGGCAGACAAGUCUGUCGCUAGUGGUGGCUGGCAGGAGCCGGAGAAUCCUCACACACAGAGGAUUAACAAACUGAUUGAGUACUACCAGCAGUUGGCUCAGAAGGAGAAGAUCGAGCGGGACCGCAAGAAGCUGGUGCGCCGCCGCAACUACAUGCCCCUGGCCUUCUCGGACAAAUAUGGCCUUGGAACCAGGCUUCAGCGCCAGAGGCCCGGAGCACCCAUCAGUGCCCUCGCUGGACUCUCCCUGAAAGAAGGAGAGGACCAGAAGGAGAUCAAGAUUGAGCCAGCUGAUGCAGUGGAAGAAGUGGAACCUCUUCCUGAGGAUUACUACACGAGACCAAUCAAUCUGACAGAAGUGACGACUCUGCGGCAGCGCCUGCUGCAGCCUGACUUCCAGCCCAUCUGUGCUUCCCAGCUCUACCCACGCCACAAGCACCUCCUGAUCAAACGCUCCCUGCGCUGCCGGAAAUGUGAACAUAACCUGAGCAAACCGGAAUUCAACCCAACUUCUAUCAAAUUCAAGAUCCAGCUGGUUGCUGUCAACUAUAUCCCUGAAGUGAGGAUCAUGUCUAUUCCCAACCUGCGCUACAUGAAGGAGAGCCAAGUCCUUCUGACUCUGACCAAUCCAGUGGAGAAUGUCACACAUGUCACACUGCUGGAGUGUGAGGAGGGAGACCCUGACAACAUCAACAGCACUGCCAAGGUGGCAGUUCCUCCCAAGGAGCUUAUUCUGGCUGGCAAAGAUGCUGCGGCGGAAUAUGAUGAGCUGGCAGAGCCCCAAGACUUCCAGGAUGACCCUGACGUUAUUGCGUUCAGAAAAGCCAAUAAGGUGGGAGUCUUCAUCAAGGUCACCCCACAGAAAGAAGAGGGUGAAGUCACCGUGAGCUUCAAGAUGAAGCACGAGUUUAAAAACCUGGCUGCUCCCAUCCGGCCCAGCGAGGAGGGCGAUCAUUCCUCUGAGGUCAUCUGGCUCACGCACCACGUGGAGCUCAGCCUGGGCCCGGUGCUGCCCUAAAGGCUCCUCGCAGGGCUCCUGCCCCUCCGCUGCCUGGAAGCGCCUGCUGGCACCUUCUGCCAGAGCUCCUUUGUGAUGUGUGGGGCUGUGCCACGGGCCUCAGCCGGGCCCCAGGGGCUGCCUGAGGGUGCCGUGGCUUGGGAUGGUUUGUUCUCUCUCCUCUUGUUGUAGUGCCCACUGACCGCUCCGCUUCCCCGCACCGCCGCAGGCUGCUUGAACCUGUAGCACGUCUUUCGGCACACAGAAGGAGCUCACGUUCUCCAGAGUUGCACUACACUCAGCUGAAUUUGGUUUUAGUGACAGAAAAAGAACCCAUCUAGUUUUCUUUCUUCACGUCAGCCCCCAAACCUGAUGUACUCUAUAGCAAACAACAGAGCUGUGCCCUUUCCGAGAAAACACUUCGUGAGGUGGCCGUGGCUGCUGCAUUACUGGCAAGUCACUGGCAGCAGCACCAGGCUUUUGUUGGUUUUCUGCUUCCUCUUAGGAUAGCUCAGCUGGAAGGGAUUGGGAUGUACAACCCCACCACUCUGGCAGGUGUAGCUUGCUUAGCCAAGGCCAUAGGUCUGUUUUCAUAGAGGAAAUGAUCGGUUUGCCUUUAAACUCAAAAUGCAGUGUCCUGUACUGGUCAUGGGUGUGAUUGGUCACUGAGCCUGCUGUCAGCCCACAGUGUUGCAGGUGUCUGUGGCAGCAUGGGCUCGGGUGCAGGUUCUGCCCCACCUCCUGACUGAGACAGGCAUGCUCCAGACAGGCUGCCUGGCAGCCUUUGUAUCGAGUAACGUGUUGGUAGGGGUAGGAAUUAAAGUAUGACACCAGAAGAGCUAAAGCUUAGGUCUGGUCAACAUAAAACUACAGAAGCUGUUUGAAUUCAUACUCUUAUUUUUUUUCUAGUUUUGGAGGGGGGGUGGAGGGAGGUGUAAAGGUGUGCAGACAGUUACACAUUAACUGGCACACACUGUACCAUGUGGUAAUUAAUUUGGUGUGUAAUUGGGCUGCAGUCCAAGCUAAAAUUGGCAAUUAAGAGCAGUGUAUCCAGGAUACUGAAUUACCACUAACUGCAUAGCUUACUGCAAGCAGGGGAGAUGGCUCUUCCUGCAGAGCAUUCUCUGUUCAGACAUUGACCUUUGUUAAACAAACAUUUCUGAUGGGCUUUGCUCUGCUGGGGAAGGCUCCACUACCUCCCCUGCUGCUUGAGAUACUUGUGCCAAGGUUCUGCCAGCCUGGAGCUGCACAUCCUCCACUCGGGAGGGCACAGUGAGGCUCUCUGGGGGAGGAGGUGGUGGUGCAGCCCCUGAAAGCAUCUCCUGGUAUGGCCCAGAUGUGCCACGGUGUGUCUAGGGGAGGCAGAGACCCCGCAGUGGGGCUCGAAGCGGCGAGGCAUCACGUUUACAAGUUGGUGCAGGUUACACGCAGAUGUACAGCAUGACUCCAAGACGUGUAGUUUGUAGUUUCUGUCUAGUGCUAGUGCCUGCCACAGCUUCACCUCUCCACAUAACCUGUGGCUGUGACUUCUCUCCAGUAGCCAAAAUAGCUGCUCCCCUCACCCUGCUGACUUGGGAAAGAGCUUUCCCCGGGGUGAGCUGGCCCUCCGGUGGCGUGCUCGGCGUCUGGCUGCAGACAAAAAGGUGCGUUGUUUGUGACAUCCUGAGCGGUCCAACGAGCCCGGUGCGUUGUUUCCCCCUCCCCGUAGCGCUUGUAGGCGGUAGCGAAGGUGUCGGCGCGUUCCCCCGGGGCACUCGCCCUCUCCCCACAGGCGACUGUUGCCUUACUGCUUUGACGUCGUGUAGUGACCUUCAAUAAAGCGAAACGUGGCUCUCGG